UGUGUGUGUGUGUGUGUUUCGCUGUUGGCCGGGAGUGAUGUUGCACGUGGAGAUGUUGAUGCUGCUAUUUCUGGUGCUCUGGAUGUGCGCGUUCAGCCAGGAUCCCGGCUCCAAGGUGGUGGCCGACCGCUACGCCGUCUACUGGAACAGCACCAACCCCAGAUUCCAAAGGGGUGAUUAUCACAUCGAUGUCUGCAUCAAUGACUAUCUGGAUGUGUUCUGUCCUCACUAUGAGGACACAGUCCCUGAAGACAAAACUGAACGCUACAUCCUGUACAUGGUGAAUUUUGAUGGCUACAGUUCCUGUGAUCACACCUCCAAAGGAUUCAAGAGAUGGGAAUGUAAUCGACCUCAUUCUCCAAAUGGACCUCUGAAGUUCUCCGAAAAAUUCCAGCUCUUCACUCCUUUCUCUCUAGGAUUUGAGUUCAGGCCAGGCCGGGAAUAUUUCUACAUCUCCUCUGCAAUCCCAGAUAAUGGAAGGAGAUCCUGUCUAAAGCUCAAAGUCUUUGUACGACCAGCAAACAGCUGUAUGAAAACUAUAGGUGUUCAUGAUCGUGUUUUCGAUGUUAACGACAAAGUAGAAAAUUCAUUAGAACCAGCAGAUGACACUGUCCAUGAGUCAGCCGAGCCAUCGCGCGGGGAGAACGCGGCACAAACACCAAGGAUAUCCAGUUGGCUGUUGGCAGUCCUACUGUUCCUCCUGGCGAUGCUUUUGCCGUUAUAGCACAGUCUAUACCAGUAACCUGUCACAGAAAACAUCCGGGGUCAUGGAACAUCAGAGAUCCACCUAACUGCUCAUCCCAAGAAAGGGACUUAUUAUUGGUUUUUGCAGAUGUCAAAUUUUCCUUUUCUUUCUUUCAGCCUGAACGAGAAGCCACAAUUUUGGAGGCAUAACUAAUAUUCACCUUCUUCCGCUCCCAAUCCUUCCCAUCACUUUCUCAUUUUCUCAAAUUGUAAGGCCUCCAGAUGAAAAUGCCAAAUUGCAAUAGUAACACCAAUGAUCCUUAUUUUCCUGUGCAUUCUCCUUUAAGAACUCUCCUCCUUUAGCUUACUGUGUCAUCUGAAUGUGUACAGGUAAGAAUAGUGGCAGAUGCAGUCAGUGAAGGGUCGGCCCAGGAGGGUUUUACUAUCUUAUAUGCUAUUUAUACCUUCUCAUUCAGUACUGUAAGAUGAUCACGCAGGGCAUCAUGUCACCAUGUCAGGACUGGAGGGGAGAUAUUAAGAAUAGAUAUCACACCAUUUUCGCUAGGAGUUUCUAAAAGAACGGGCUUCUAAAAGGUAAAGAUGUUGGUUUUAAUAUAAUGGUCUUAAAGCAUUCUUAAUGGUGAAACUUGUGCUCUGGAAUAGAAGCUCUGUUCUACAGAGAGGGUUAUGUGUAGGAAUGCUAGCCCAAAGCAAGCAAGGUAAUAUAGAGAAAAAUACAUUUGGGGUGUGUAUGUGUGAGUGCCUCUGAUAUGUGUUGGUAGGUGGGUAGUGCACACCAGAUGUUGUUGGGUUUUUUCUUUGAAAACAGAUCACCAUGGUGCUACAAUUAUUUUUUAUUUAAACACACACACACACACACACACACACACACACACACAAAGAGACAUUUUUGUGUAUAAAGUGACCUUCCCCAGGGCUCACAAGCCAGGGAUCAUGAUCUGAUAGCCUUGGAUGCUCCUCCGAGCAAUCUGUACACAGACAGGCCCUCAGUGGCUAGAGGAAACAUGUUUUGGGCUACUGGCUCUCCAGUGUCCUAGCACCUUCCUCUGACUCUCCCUCCCUACAGCCAUUUUGUGCUCCAAGUUCCUCAACCAAAGGAGAGCAAAACAUCAAUCCCCCACUCAGGAGAGGCAGUCAGACCUGCUUGGGGGUGCAAAAGGGAAAAUGUCUAAAGUUUGGAAUAAGAAUUCAAGUGUUGGUGUUUCCUAUUCUAUCCCUUGGACACAGCUUAAAGAUUAGAGGGAGCAUGGGUUUAAGUGCAGGAGAUAAACCAGAAGGGGUCCCAAAGACUUUAACGAAAUAUUUUUUUAAAAAUCCACUAGAGUAGAAAAUACAUUAUUUAGAUAUACUUUAUCCUGAGAGUGAGUAUAUAUGCUUGUCCUAUUUGAACUUGUGAGAAAAGUGGUAUCCCUUUAUCAUUGAAGAAUAUGGGGAAAUAUCUUGUUUCGUGGACAAAGUGAGAUGACCCUACUUAAAGAAUCGGAGCAUGACUAAGAUGGGGUUUUAGAGGUUGAUCACCAGGAAAUGCAAGCCUUGGGGUUUUUACUGGCCUGGCUGCCAUGAACUUUGACCUCCAAAGUCUAGUCAGGGAAAUGUGUCAGACCAAUGGAAAAUGUAGCCUUUUUUUUGCUAUUUUGGUUGAAACAAAGUCUUUCAAAAGAAAAAAAAAACUGUAUCAUGCUAAAUGUGAAAACUGGACUGCAUUCCAACAAAAUAAGGAUUUUUAUAUAUCAGUUUUGGGUUUUUUUAAUGAAAUGCACACUUAAAAAGCAAUUGGGGAUCUAGAUGGAUAGGAUUUAAGAAUGGGAGAAAAGUUCCUGCUUAGAAUUUCUUGCAGUCCAAAAAUAUACAAAUGAAGGGCAAACAGUGAUGUUAUGGCACCCAGGAGUGUUCCACUCGUAUUCACCUAGAGUCUGGCUCACCUGAUCCCAUCCAGUGUGGCAUAGAGAGUGAUUACAGAAACCGUCCUUGAAAAGGUCUAGAGGAGUGGGGUUGUUGAUCUCACAGAAACCAUCAAGCUAAUCUCUCAUUGUCAGAGAGCGCUCGGCAGACAACCACAAUCUAGCAUUUAAGGCAGCCACCAUUUCAUUGCAAAAAGAGCUCACAUCACUCAGUGACCUCUUUUGCUCGGGGUACUCUUGGUGAGCCUGAUAGCGUUUCUUUCUAUUAAAGAUCACGGGACUAUCGGGACAGUCGGGUUUGGGAGAGAAAAAUGACACCUUCUAAAAUAGAUCAGUAGAUAGAAGCAAAAUAAUCCUGUAUGCUCCAUAACUGCAAGCAAACAAGCCCCAUAAAUAAGUGCAGGCAGUUGUUAUAAUGGCAUUAAUAGUGCUGGGUUCAUUCUCAAAAUGGCGAAUUCUCUGGUUUUCGAGCAUUUGUCCCUAAUUGAUAAGGAAAUAAUGGCAGGGCUUUCCUUUUCACGAGUGGCAUUCACGGGGAAGUUCAACCCCAUUGCUCACCAUCGUGCCACUGCUAAUUAAGUGAAAAACAGCGAGGCUAUUAAUGCCAGUAGACCGAGUGCUCCAACAGCUGUAAAUGACAUCACUGUGAGGGUAGUGUGCUUACUAGAUAGCCUCCUGGAUUACUUGAUGACAUCAGGCAAUCUCAGUCCUCGUAAGAAAGAGCUGGUAUGUUUCUUUUUUGUGUUGUUUCAACCCUCGGGAAGCUCAGGAGGAUGUUUCGAGCAGCUUUUCAAUAAACACAAACAAAACAGCAACUCAGUCUGUGGGGCGAUGCUGGCUGCCCCGUGGCUCCAGACAUUACACCCCAGUGACCUGCACUCCUGGUUGCCAAGGGCUUUGCCACAUGAAGCAGGGAAAUAAGGAUCAGUCUGUUUAGUGGAUACUGUGUAUCCUUCAAUGGACAAGGAAACAUUGAGUGUUUAGAACAUUGUUUUGUACUGUACUUUCUUGGAUGGUGAAGGAAAGACAAGUAAAACACACAAAAAAGCUACGUUCUUUAAAUUCUGUAUUAUUAGCCACCUCUGUUGUAUAUAGUGUUUGAUAAUAAAGUAUUAAUUUGAUUCUUAUGUCUUUUGUAAGUGAGAACAGUAGACUUUCAGAUUACUAAAACAUGCAUUGAUUAUAAGACAGAGCUUUGAAGCAUCAAAAGUGUACAUGGCUGAGAACCACGUAACAGGUGGCCGUGACACUGCAGCAUACAGGAAUCAUCUGUGAAAAUCGCUCACCCAAUCUCAAGACAUCACAAUGUCAGGUCCCAGUAUAACAUGACUUUUGGUGAUCAAUGUUUUGUCCUCAAUGUUUAAGGUCUGAUGUGGGAGCCCUGUAAUUCUUUUUUUUUUCAGCAUGUUGGUUCUUAAAGGCUUAGGGGAUUUAGUAAUGGUUCUGUACCUUCCGUUCUGUUCUCUGUUUGAUUUUGUUUUCAUGGACUGUUUUUCAGGAGGAGUCUUGCCAGUAUCAUGUGUGGCAUGCGCAUGGACUUGAAUCCCAAACCGCCAAUUUGGGAAAGUUGAAAUGUGGGUUAUUUCUGCUUCUGUGAAAUUGUGGAAGGAAAAGAAAAUUUUAGUGCACCUGUAAAUUUUCCAAGAAACCUGGGGUGACCCAUUGCCUUGUGACAGAGGUGGUUCGGUCAGUUUCAGAAACUCAGAAAAGUGUUUAACUCCUCCCCUCCAUUCAUCCCACUCAGAGUUGUAGUCACUAGUUUUGAUUUUUAACACCCCCUUGCUCCCUACCCUCUUUACCCUCCCCCAUUUAUCUCUUUCCUUCCCUCUACUUUCCUUUUUGAAAGAUAUUUUCUUUGUCUUUUUUUUUUUGGAGCAGUGAAUGGGCAGAUCUGUUUCUGGUUUGGCAUCACUGAGUUUUUCCCAUGCAUUUGCCCUCGAGCUUCUCAGAUGUGAGACCAGUCUCCCUACAAUAGGCUUGCUGCCUUUGUCUGUACAGUUUAAUAGAUGCUGGCAUGUUGGAGGUUACCCAUGAGUCUGCGAAAUCCGCUUUCCAUGCUUACUCUUGACACCCCAUUGAAGCCACUCAUUGUGUGUGCAUCUGGGUGUGAAAAUCCAGCUCAGUGUGGUCCUGUGCUUGUACUGCCCUGCUUUGCAGUUCCUUUGCACUUAUUCAUUGAGUGCUGUUUGAAAUGCUUACCUUAUAUGAACUUAAAAAAGAAAAUGUAAAAAAAAAAAGCCACAAACAAACCCUAAGAUCUGUAUUUGUAUAUACACGUGUCCGUACAAUUAUACCUAAAUAAAAAUUAA